CACGCCGUUUGCGCACGCGCACAACCACACGGCAGCAGCGCUCCGAUCUAGCUGAAAACGCCUUGCAAGAUCUGAUACCAUGUCGGAAAUGCAGCAGUUGUCCGAGUUGUAUGAAGAAAGCAAUGACCUGCAGAUGGAUGUGAUGCCUGGUGAGAGUAACCCUCGGCGGAUGGAGGUAGGCAGUGCGGGCCGGGCGCCAUCCCAGAAUCCAUCCCACAACCGGGCCCGGCCACAGCUGGAGGAGGACGGCCUAAUGGAGGAGGAGGGGGCCCAGCCAGUGACGGGGCCAGAGGGCGACCGAGGCCUUGCUAAGCGGCCCAGCCCCGGGGAGCAGCCAGGCCAGGCAGUGGGCCCUGACUUCGAGAGCGAGGGUGAGGAAUUUGAUGACUGGGAGGAUGACUACAACUAUCCAGAAGAGGAGCAGCUGAAUGGUGCAGGCUACAGAGUAUCAACGGCCCUCGAAGAAGCCAACAGUAUGUUUCUGAGAACAUCCAGAACAGGAGAAUCAGCCCUGAAUGGUGGUUUUCAGAUGCAUCAAGAGAAGACCCCGUUUGAUCAGUUGGCUUUUAUCGAAGAGCUUUUUUCACUUAUGGUUGUUAAUCGUCUGACUGAAGAACUGGGAUGUGAUGAGAUUAUUGAUAGAGAAUAGUUAAAUGCAGUUGAAGAGGAGGAAACUACUUGAGGAGGGACCCAAAAUUCCACUGUCUCGGGUUUAUUUCAAAUAGUUCUGUGCCAAUUAAAAAGUUGAUCUUCAAAAAAGUUUUUUUCCUGUUUAGCAUAAUAGACUAGGCAGUGACUGUACAGUUGCGGAAAAAGAAAAAAAAAACUGUUAAAGAAAAAGGAUCUUAGGACUGUUGAAACUGGUUUUCAAGAGUAUCCUGAAACACUAUGGCUUUGACUUUGUUAUCAAUCCAGAAUAUUUUCUUUGCAUUGGGGAAAAUUCCAUAUAUCACCAUAAGGAGUGAUUUUGCAAGAAUAAGUCAAGACCAAGACAAAUUGCUAGUACAACAGCUAAUUACCGAUACUAAUUACAAAAGGAAAAGUAGUAUGUCCAACUUAAAACACCAGAUAUCUUUGAGUUAUUUGGACAGAAAGCCUAUUGAGAAAACUUUGAAGGUUCCACUUUGUGAUCUGUCCAAGCUAUAGUUAUCAAAGGCUAAAUUUUUAGUGUAUGACAAGUGAACCUUCUUAGUAUUACAGAAGGGUAAGCAAACCCAGAAAGAAAUAUGUAUCUUGUGUAACGUGUCUUAAUGUGUUUCCAAGGGCAUCUGAAAUUGUAUUUGUGCAUAUAUCUUGAUCAAUAAUAAAGCUACUGUGAUCUGUAAUUCAAGAAAAUUCAUUAUCUUGAUCAUUUUUUUUAAAAGUCAGAAAUGAAAUCCUUAUUAAACUUUCAGAUUCAGAUGUUAAAAAUAUAUGUAAAAGUACAAAGAAAACAAACUAUUUCUAAUACUCUUAUAUCUUAGGGAAAUUUUGUUUUAGCUCUCUGGUUUCCAUUGAACUUUACAGGGAAAAAACUGGUUGAACUUCAUAACAAAAGAAGUGUUAAGUGGAAAUUGUCAAGUAAAAGGAAUGUCCUACAUUGAAAAAAGAUAUUAUGAACAAUUAUGCCAUCAACCUAUAAAGGUUUUAAAGGUCCAGAAAUUUCUGAAGUUUCUGUCUCCUUUAAUUAAGCUUGUUAUUGUUUAUUCACCAGCAUCUGAGACAAUAAAAUUUCUUGUUCUGUGUA